AUGCACGUCCCUGGCUCCCUAGUCUUUUUCAUGGCAGUCGUCGCCUCCGCUUCUGCCAUGGAACCUUCCGGCACUGUGCCUGGAAAUCAGCAAAGCUGCAGCGGGCCAGAUCUUACAUGUUACGACGAUCCUUCUGCGUCGAGACUCUGCAAGUACGAUUGGUGGACUGGCGAGGACUUCCACGGUUGCUGCCAGCGCACAUGUUCGCCUUCAGGUAAUUCGUAUUACCAAAUUUGCAGCCAAACGGUUGGCAAAUGUGUCGUUGGGGACUUUCUUGCCUCCUUGUUUUGCCAGACGUAUGGCAGAGGUUCCAGGCUGGAGGAAUGCUGCCGGGGAGUGUGCUCUAGAGAUCCUCCGGGAGAUAGCUGCAGCUCGAUCGGGUUUUACUCUUGCAACGGUAAGGACGGCGAAUGCAAGGGGCAGCUCUCAGCUGAAGUAUUUCGACAUUGCUGCCAGAACACGUGCGAGCCCGUCAAUUUUCCAUUGACCUGCGAUAACACCGGCGCCAAAUGCUACGAAAAAGCUGACGGGGACAAGUGUAACGGGAUCGAGUCGUUUCUGGAACGUCAAAUGUGCUGCAUCUCAGCGUGCAAGUCUCCCCGCUAG